GUUCCAGCCGGGCGCGAGAGCGCGUCUGUCUCUGCUCUCUGGGUCGGCGAGGCGCAGGGGCCGCCGCAGCACCAUGGCGACCACCGUCAGCACGCAGCGCGGGCCGGUGUACAUCGGCGAGCUCCCGCAGGACUUUCUGCGCAUCACGCCCACUAGGCAGCAGCAGCAGGUUCAGCUAGAUGCCCGGACAGCCCAACAGCUGCAGUAUGGAGGGGCAGUUGGUGCUGUGGGCCGCCUCAACGUCACCGUGGUACAGGCAAAGUUGGCAAAGAACUAUGGCAUGACCCGCAUGGACCCCUAUUGCCGCUUACGCCUGGGCUACGCAGUGUACGAGACACCCACAGCCCACAAUGGUGCCAAGAACCCACGCUGGAACAAAGUCAUCCACUGUACUGUGCCCCCAGGCGUGGACUCCUUUUAUCUCGAGAUCUUUGAUGAGCGAGCCUUCUCCAUGGACGACCGCAUUGCCUGGACCCACAUCACCAUCCCUGAGUCCCUGAAGCAGGAGGGCGCAGUGGAGGACAAGUGGCACUGCCUGAGUGGGCGGCAGGGCGAUGACAAGGAAGGCAUGAUCAACUUGGUCAUGUCCUACUCGCUGUUGCCAGCCGCCAUGGUGAUGCCACCUCAGCCGGUGGUGCUGAUGCCGACUGUGUACCAGCAGGGCGUCGGCUAUGUGCCCAUCGCAGGGAUGCCUGCCGUUUGCAGCCCCGGCAUGAUGCCUGUAGCCGUGCCACCGCCAGCCAUGAGUGCCCAGCCUCGCUGCAGCGAGGAAGAUCUGAAAGCCAUCCAGGACAUGUUUCCCAACAUGGACAGGGAGGUUAUCCGCUCUGUGCUGGAAGCCCAGAGAGGGAACAAGGACGCUGCCAUCAACUCCCUGCUCCAGAUGGGUGAGGAUUCGUAGGCCCACCCUGCACUGCCCGGCCCCCUGGACCUGCCACCCGUGGGUUCCCAGGAAGCUCUGUCCCAACAAGACUCCUGUGAAAAGCCCCUAUGGCCCUUGGACCUCUGUGUCACCCUGUCCACACCUGCUUUGGGGCGCAUGUGGGUUUCAUGCUCUCUGUUGGUCCUGGAGGGCAAGUCCCACCUGGUCUGGUGUGGGGGGUGGGCCCGUUGCUGGAGCUCACUCCCCUGUUGCGUGGGGCUGGUGUCUUCCCUCUUGCUGUUCUGGAAAACACUCUUGUAGAAAGCGACUGCUGUCAGGGAUUGUUGGACACCCUUCAGAUCAGUUAUUUGACUUAGGACAGACUUACUAAUUUUAAGGCACACAGAAUCCAUUCACAGUGAUUUGUGGGUUAUUUUUGGAACUGCCAAGCUGAAACUCACAUCCUUCCCCAGUGCCCUGUCUGCUUGCCCACCCUUUGUCUGGUCCUUAUGAGCUGAGCCGGGGAUGUCUCUUGCCUCCUGCUGCAUCACUGUCCUGCUGCCACCCAUGUGAGGGCACAGCGAGGCCACCCCGGCAUGUGGAAGGAGCAAUGUGGUAUCCACUCCUGCCUGUCCCCCUGCCCUGUGCCUGUGGCCUGCACGUCCUGCCACGGCUGUUCCUCAAGAGUCUGUAGCAGAGCUCAGGUGAGGGCGGGAUCACAGGUGUAGCCCUGUGCCUGCUCAGAGGGUCCGGGCUCUGCUGGCGCCUGUGCUGCAGAUGGGUUUGGGGAGGAGUGGAAGUCUGGCAGAUGUAAUGUUCAGGCUGGAGGUGCCCACAGCUCUGCUCUGGCAGUCACCAUGUGGAACAUUCUGAGUUGUAGGACAGAUCGAGGAUGCCUAGUUGUGGAAAUCAGGGACUUCGGAAGUUUCUCAGGAGUGAUGCACUUUAAAUAACAUAAUUGAGCAUACCUGUCGCACAUCUGUAAUGUCCAUGGUUUUGCAUUAAAUCACAGUUGCUGGUCUUUCAAGUGUCUGGUCCCAGCCUGUGGACAGGAAGGAUGUGGAAGGAGGAGUUAGUACCAGGGGUCAGUCCUUUUCCCUCUAAAAUUAGUUAAAUUUCAGUGUCAGCUAGAAGACAUGGCUUUCUGCAACCUGUUGGGGAAGUUUUUUGUCAAACAUAUAUUGAUAAAUAGUUAUUUCUGUAAUCCUGAAGGAGGGUAUGGGGGCUGCUCAGUGCUCCCCCUGGUAGUGGGUCCUCCAGGAUGCUGGUCUGGUGGGAGCAAGGAUGGUGCAGCUUCUGCUCGGCAGCCUGAGCCACUCGCUUCAACAGAAUGGGUCACUGGGUCCUCCACCUCAUGCUCAGGUCUGUGCCACACGCACAUGUCCUCCUGGGGGUAGGAUGCAUCAGGAUGCUGUUGGGAUACUUGUUAGUGAUGUUAAUGGGGCUGACGCAGGAUGGAACUCAGGCCUAUGCCUCUGGGCCUCCUCUUGCCAGGGGUGUUGGUGUCUUGGUUCCCAGGUAUGGCCAGGAGUGCAGUUUCUGCCUUAAUGAUGCUGUCCCAGGGCACAUGGCCUCUUCUCUUGCCAGGGAGAGUGACAGUUUAAGGUGAUUCACACUUACUGCCAUCUCCUGUCUUUCUUUUUCACGAACAGUUUAUUUUUUUAAUAGAUGAAAGAAGGGUCACAUUUAUAAGGCCCUUAGUUAAAUAAGAUGAUUUUUUCCCUCAUUUUAUGCUCCAUUUUCCUGUUUGGAGGUCACUGAGGACAGUGAGGAGGGGCUCCUGGCACAUGUAGGCCCUUCUAGGGCAGCACUGUCUUGCCUUGUCGCUGCCGUGUCUGGUGUGGGCCAAAGGCCACCACGCUUAGGGAGGCCACAGCUCUCUGGGGCCUGAGCAUAGACAGUCCUAGUAUCCAGGGGCCGGGCCUGCUCCUGGGCUUGAAGAUCCCAGUGGUCAGCAGGCCUCACGAUAGUGGCCAGUGAUAGCAAUUUGGCCCAGCCAUUUCUGCUUUCUGCUGCUCAGUGGGUGCUGGUGGGAGUUGAGCCCAAAGUGCACCUGGGGUUUGAGUAGCCACUGGCUUCAGUCCAUCUGGGCCAGCUGGUGACAUUGGAGUAAGUGGUAGAGGAAAGUCAUUCCCACGUCGUCCUCACGGUGCCUGGAGGUGCUGCGUCCUCCAUUGGCUGAACCAUGCUGCUCUGCGGUGUUGGCAGGAGUGACUCAGAACUUGGGGUUUCUGAUUUUUUUCUUGGGGUCUAGCAUCCAGAUUUUUUCCUGAUUGUAAAGUAUAUUUUUACUUUUUAGCCUUCUAAUUUAAUAAAUGAUCCAUAUAAAAUUAGAGAAAUAAAGUCCUUUAAGGGGAAGUU